AUGAAGCUAUUCAUCCUCCUAGGUCUGGCCGCUCGUGUGCUGGCUCAGACCCAGACCCAGGCUUUGGGAAUUACGGCAACUUCUACUCCUACUGCCACCGCUCCUAUCACUCCGCCUUCUGAACGCCCACUUGCGACAUGCUCGGCCGAUCCUCUCUGGCGCCGUCUUCGAAAUGCACAGGGUUCGGAUCCAUGCGCGCUCGCUAUGGACCUACAACAGAUGUGCACGACCAUUGAUCCAAUUGUCGCGCUUACUGGAGGGGAAUCUUACACUGGACCACAAAAUGUACAAGCUGCCACGCCGUGUAUAUGUACAACAGUCAUGUACAACCUCGUUGCUGGAUGCGCUGCAUGUCAGCACCAGCUAAGUUCCAGGGUUACUCGUAAUUGGGUCAAUUGGAAGACAUGGAGCGCAUUUUGCCCAGAUCCAGCCUCCAUCCAAGAUGGCGUAUGGAAUCGUGUCUCCUCAACCGCAGCCCCUUCAAGCACAUCAACACCUACUUCUACUCCUGCUCCUACCCCGGAAAACCAGACAUCUAAUAAUGUUACCAUUAUCGUCGGUGCCGUCUUGGGUGCCAUUGGGUUUAUCCUCCUCUUAACCACCAUUUUCUUCUGCUACCUUCGCCGCCGACAACGAAAAUGGGAAGAAAACGAAGGCGUUAACCGACCAGACAGUACAUUUAUCAUUGGCAAACCAACACCUGCCGGACAAACCCUUCAAAAGGCUCCCGCGAGUCGGUACGGUCUCGCUGGACUUUUUAGUCCAACAGAGGACCAGUUCGAGAAACCAAGGCCGAUCAAGACCGAGAGCGCUCUGCCAGAUGUAUUAUCGGAUGAACACCGACAAGGCAAGCCCGAGUACGUGAUGCCGGCUCCCACCCCUGGCUAUGCGAACCCUGGAAGUGGCUUUGGAGGCCUCCCCGAGCCGCAAUCGCACUAUACGCCUGUGCCAAACCCUGGCGUCGCUGGAGUUGGCGCUGGGGGACGUGGGCUACAGACUGGGAGUGGGGAGAGUGUCAGCAACUUGAACACAAACCGGUUCACCAUGAGGGACGGGCCGCAGGGGGCCGCAGCACAGAUGCUUGCCGCCGAUAUUGCUGCUGCGAGGGCCCGCGAGGGUGCUUUCCGUGAAGACUUCAGUGCCGAGGGACAAGGAUACCAAACCAGCACGGAUGCCGAUGGACAGUCUCAACUUUAUCGCAACGGCAAUUCGCGAACAUAUCCUUCCUAUCCUCACGGACUCCGGAAUGGUAACGAUAAUGGCAGGAUGCUCACCAGAGUCCCAUAUGCCGACCAUCCUGAAGAGGAGGUGCAUGCUGUCAGCACGGUCGACGAUACCUCUAUAUCAAUAUAUCCCUCUUCAGUUGACCGGCCUGGCGACCACCCAGCUCCUUUUGUAGGCGGAUUUAGCCCUGUUCCUGAGAAACCCAAAGAAGAGUACCAAUUGCCCGAUCGCGGGUACAGUGCCCAGGGCGGCGCGGCCCAACCUAGUCCACCUCUCGACUCGGAUCCGUUUGGUGCAAACCGGCGACCGACGGCGUUCAGCCGUGUAUUUGGCGAACGCCCGGCCAACAUGGCUGGUAUAGGCACGGCCCGAGGGAGCCCCGGAAAUAGCCCGACCAGUCCAGCGAUCACCCAGGGACGAGCGCCGAUUGUCUCACGUAUAGCUGCUGCCACUACUAGCCCUAUUCCGAAUCGACCGACCGUUAGCCCUGCAAUACGGCGGGGUCCCAGCUUUGGAAAUACGGCCGCAGAUAUGGGCUUUGGGAGGCAACAUCAAGCGGCAGUUGGAGCGCUAGGAGGGCCCAUCCAGCGAGACUCUGGCGGGUUCUCUGAGGGAAGUUCACCCACGGCUGUUGGCUUCCCGGGCGAUGUUGGAUCGGCAAGGGGUGAGGGAAGUCCAUUACCUACAGGCCCAUUCGCAGGGAGGUCAGGAUUUGGCGUAGAGCGAUAG